GUAUAUAUAUGUUUGGACACCGUUUUUAGUAAUACGGACCAGAAAUGCUCGCAUUUACAUCUUUUAGAAGAUAAAAGAAUAAUUCAAGGAAACCAGAAUAUAUAUAAAGACUUAUGUUGAAAGCGGAGAGAGAAUUGUUAAGACGAGCUAAAUUAUUCUAUUGUUUGAUAAACAUCUUUAAUUUCUAGGACAGAUCUAAUUUAGCCGAUCCUUAGUUUAUAACAGACAUUUAGGUGAUCCAGUUAAUUAGAGAUGAUUGCUAAUUAAAUAUGAAGAGAUAAUACUACAGCUUUCUUUAUUAUAUCGAUGUGAAAAACCUAAACGAAGGUUUGUUGUAAAAUAUUGAAGCUGUCAUUGCCCAGUCUGAGUUGUGACUACUUGAAUCUAUCACGACAUCUUCGUCAUUGGCUCUAUAUUAACAUAAUAUAGAUGAUGAUGCUGUAAAAGAAUUAUUUGCCUGAGAUCCAUCAAUAUUUAUCAUCUUGUGAGGACAGAAAGACUCGAUGGAAAAGAUUACCAGCAAAAAAUAGAGAUUAAUAGCUGAAUUUUCUGUCUUUCUGUUUGGAAUGUGUAGAAAAUGAUUUUAUAUUCUAAUUAAAAUUGGAUUACAAAGGAGUUUGCAGCAUCUUUGAAUAUUUAUUACGAUCACAGUUGAUGGAAAUAUAGCAGAAGAAAAAAAGGCAUCUAUAUUAUGGAGAGAGAUAAAGAAUGAUGGAAAAUGAAAUGUGUGAAAACAAAGCCCAAUAUAAUACACAGUAGCAAAGAAUGAAUUUCCACAAUGAUAUUAAGAAAGAGAAGGGGAAUAUAUUAUAUCAGUGUGACAUCUGUAAAAAAUCAUUCUCUUAUAAAUGUAACUUUACAACUCACAAACUUAUUCAUACAGGAGAGAAGCCACAUCACUGUGAUAUCUGUGGUAAAUCCUUCUGUCGAAAUGAUGAGUUAACUGUACACAGAAGUAUUCAUGCAAAAGAGAAACGAUAUGUCUGUGAUAUUUGUGGUAAAUCGUUCUCUAUAUGCUUUAACUUAACUAGACAUAAACGUGUUCAUACAGGAGAGAAGCCAUACCACUGUGAUGUCUGUGAUAAAUCAUUCUCUGUCAAUAGUGCAUUAGGUAAACACAAACGGACUCAUACAGGAGAAAGACCAUAUCAGUGUAAUAUUUGUGGUAAAUCAUUCUCAGGAAGUAGUAAUUUGACUACUCACAAACUCAUUCACACAGGAGAGAAACCCUAUCACUGUGACAUCUGUGGUAAAUCGUUCAGUCAAGCUGGUCAGGUCACGUCUCAUAAAUGCAUCCAUACAGGAGAGAAACUAUUCCACUGUGGUGUCUGUGGUAAUUCAUUUGCUGAGAAAUGUCAUCUAAAGAGACAUAUCAGUGUUCAUCGUGAUUCAUCAUGAUUCUGUAUCAAAAUUCAGCUUGUAUGCAAAUAAAAUCU